UUACUCCAUCAAAACACAAACCAUUCUUCUCUUCCUUCUUCUUGUUUUCAAUUCAACUCCAAUUUUUUUUCCAUGGCUUCCAAGCUCCCCACCGCCCCCGCCCCGGAGCCCCUCGACGUCGAAAACCUCGAAGAAUUCGACUACUCCACGCGCUCCCAGUGGCUCCGCGCGGCCGUCCUCGGCGCCAACGACGGCCUCGUCUCCACCGCCUCCCUCAUGAUGGGCGUCGGCGCCGUCAAGCAGGAUGUCAAGGCCAUGAUCCUCACGGGCUUCGCCGGCCUCGUCGCCGGCGCCUGCUCCAUGGCCAUCGGCGAGUUCGUCUCCGUCUACUCCCAGCGCGACAUCGAGCUAGCGCAGAUGAAGCGCGACUCGGCCGGAGAGGAAGGCGACAAGCUGGAGGGGCUGCCGAAGCCGAUGCAGGCGGCGGCGGCGUCGGCGCUGGCGUUUUCCGUCGGAGCGAUGGUGCCGCUGCUGGCGGCGAGCUUUGUGAGGGAGUAUAGGGUGAGGGUGGGGGUGGUGGUGGCGGCGGUGACGGUGGCGCUGGCGGCUUUCGGGUGGCUCGGGGCGGUGCUCGGGAGGGCGCCGGUGGCGAGGUCGGCGGCGAGGGUUUUGAUCGGAGGGUGGCUGGCGAUGGCGGUCACGUUUGGACUUACUAAGUUGAUUGGAUCAAAUGGGUUGUGAUUUUUUUCGGGCUAAAUAAACUGAAAAAAAUACUAGUGUGUUGAUAUGUUUUAAAAAUUGGAUAUAAGUCCGCUGGUUUGAUCGGUUAAAUCGUGAACUGGUUAAAUCGUGAACUGGAUCAGUCUGAUUAAAUGAUAAAAAUUCAGAUCGUUUUGGAUCGGGAAAAUCGAUCAGUUUGAUCGUGAAUCAUAGGCCGGUUGAACUAAUGGAAUGUACAAAUUUAUGUGAUUAAUUUUGUUUACUUUUGGCUUUA